AUGGCGUGUCAUAGUAAUUUAGUGGUUGCGCAAUCACCGCUGAUCAAUGUUCAAUCACGUUAUCCUCCCUUCUCCAGGGUAAUGCCAGCCAAACCAAUGCCGGAUUGCUGUUCUACACAUUCUAUAUCAGCUAAGUCGGGACUUAAACAAGUAAUAUCAGGUCUUGCAGCUUCAAUAGUUAUUCUCUCCCAGACAAAUCUGGCUGUUGCAACAGAUCUUUCUCACAACAGUGUAUGCCAGCUCUCAAAUGCUACCGACAACUUGCAAAGUCUUCCUUUUGACAAAGCGAAUAAUGAGAGAAGUAGAAUGAUGAUAAGAGGUAUGACAACUAAGAACUUCGAUCCAGUUAGAUAUGCUGGAAGAUGGUUUGAAGUAGCUUCACUUAAAGGUGGAUUUGCUGGACUAGGUCAGGAAGAUUGCCACUGCACCCAGGGCAUGUAUACAUUUGAUCUGGAGACACCUGCCAUCCAGGUUGAUACAUUUUGUGUUCAUGGAGGACCUGAUGGCUAUAUUACAGGUAUUAGGGGAAAUGUCCAAUGCCUUUCUGAGGACGAUAAGGAGAAAAGUGAAACUGACUUAGAGAGGCAGGAGAUGAUUAGGGAGAAGUGCUACCUUCGAUUUCCUACAUUACCAUUCAUUCCCAAGGAACCCUAUGAUGUGAUUGCAACUGAUUAUGAUAAUUACGCCCUUGUUUCUGGGGCUAAGGACCAAAGCUUUAUUCAGGUAUAUUCGAGGAUGCCCAACCCGGGACCAGAGUUCAUCGAGAAGUACAAAUCUUAUUUGGCAAACUUUGGGUACGAUUCUAGCAAGAUCAAAGACACUCCACAAGAUUGCAAGGUUAUGUCGAAUAGUCAACUUGCAGCAAUGAUGUCUAUGUCUAAUAUGCAAAAAGCUCUAACCAACCAAUUUCCAAAUCUAGAACUAAAAGCUUCUAUUGAACUAAACCCAUUUACAAAUGUUUUUGACACUCUCAAGAAGAUUGUUGAGCUUUAUUUUAAGCAGUAA